AUGGGCGAGGACGGCAUAAAAUUGCUUCAGCAGAGGCUGGCCGAACGAACCCGCGAACAUAAAGCAACACGCGAAGCAGCCCUAGAGAGCCAAUUUCGUAAGCUGCCUGCUCCAAUGCCAUCCAAGAACGACAAACUGGUGCACAACUUGUCGUCAAAGGAGCUGACGGAGGAACAAAUGCCGGUUUUACGGCAUGGGGCCUCAUUAAACACAGCCGAUGCCAAACCUGCCAACAUGAUCGCAGCAGUGGAAUCAAUCCUCAGCCAGACGGGAGCGACAGACAAAACGAAGAACCUCAUUCGACACCAAGUGUCCUCCCUCCUCAUGGCUCAUAGGCCGCGCGACGUGCUUCCCAAGGUCGAGCGCGAUGCACUUAAGGAACUCAGGGCCGACAACGACCUCGUUAUCGUCCCUGCGGACAAGGGGCGUUCAAUGGUCGUAUUGGACAGGACAGACUACAAUCAAAAAGCCAAAAGCUUGUUGGAGGAUCGUCAGUCCUAUGUCGCGAUGCGAUCACUGGAAGAAGAAAUUUAUUGGCCUGACGUUUCGGAUUCUCACUCGAAUCCAUCAUCAGAGACAUUCGCAGAUAGAGGUGAAGGUGGCACCAGGAGUGCAGUACUUAUAGCACGUGGCUGCCGUGGACCGUAUGCGCACAGUCAGCCGCGUGCUAUAAAUACUGCACUCCUGGUGCCACCAUCACCUUUAUCUGUGAAUGUCUCUGAUUGUGGAUUCGAGUCAGAAUCCGAAACGUCAGGCCAAUAA